GCCCGGGCCCGCGGCAGCGCAGGGCGGCGGCAGCGCCGGGGGGCCGGGCCGGGCCGGGCAGGAGGCGCGGCAGGAAGCCGGGGCGGCGGGGAGGAAGGUGCCGCCGCUUCCUUUCCCUUCCCUCCGCCCGCCGCGCGGGCCGGGCUCCAGCGCAGCGCAGCCCGCGGCCCCGGCCCGCUCCGAGGGACUGACGUGCCGCAGAUCGGUUAUCGGGAGCCCUGGCAGCCCCUCGCCCCCUCCUCCCGCUUUCACCUCUUGCCGAAGCUGAGCCGUGGCGAUGAUGGAGCUGAGGACUGUGGUGGCCACGCUGGAGGGCGGGGAGCAGGACACGGUGCUCAAGGUGCUGCAGGUCUACAACCGCGAGAAAUCUCAGUGCUUCACCUUUGACGAUGAGGAGCGGGAGGAGAGGAAGAAAAUGGCCCAGCUGCUGAUCAAGUUCCUGGAAAGAGAACUGCAGCCGUCCUGCCAGGUCACCUGCUUGGAAAGCAUCCGCAUCCUGUCCCGCGACAAGCACUGCCUGGAGCCCUUUGCCACCAAGGGGGGCCUGAGGACCCUCUCCCGCCACGCUGGCAUCGAUUACUGCGAGGAGCUCAUCCGGGAGGUCCCGGACUUGGAUGUGAUCCUGGAAUCCCUCAAGUGUCUCUGCAACAUCGUGUUCAGCAGCCCCAGGGCGCAGGAGCUGACAGCCGAAGCCCGGUUGGUGGUGGGCCUGGCCGAGCGCAUCAAGCUGUACAACGAGAGGAGCCUUCCCCACGACGUGAAGUUCUUCGACCUGCGGCUGCUGUUCCUGCUGACGGCCCUGAGGGUGGAUGUGCGGCAGCAGCUGGCGCAGGAGCUCAGGGGCAUCGGCCUCAUGACGGACACCCUGGAGCUGACCCUUGGCGUGAAGUGGCUGGACCCCUACGAGGUCGCCACCGAGGAGGCGCUUCUCCCACCCUUGCCUCGGCAGGAGACGGAGCGAGCCAUGGAGAUCCUGAAGGUGCUCUUCAACAUCACCUUUGAUUCCAGCAAGAGGGAGGUGGACGAGGAAGACGCAGCUCUGUACCGGCACCUGGGUGCCCUCCUGCGGCACUGCCUGAUGAUCCGUGCUGACGGAGAGGAGCGCACGGAGGAGUUCCACAGUCACACCGUUAACCUUCUGGGCAACCUGCCCCUGAAGUGUCUGGAUGUGCUGCUGACCCCGAAGGUGCGGCCGGGCUCGCUGGAGUACAUGGGCGUCAACAUGGACGCGGUCAGCGUCCUGCUGGGCUUCCUGGAGCGGCGCCUGGACAGGGGCCACAAGCUGAAGGAGAGUCUGACCCCGGUGCUGAACCUGCUGACCGAGAGCGCCCGCGUCCACCGCCAGACCAGGAAGUUCCUCAAGGCGAAGGUGCUGCCACCGCUGCGGGACGUGCGGAACCGGCCGGAGGUGGGGAACUCGCUGCGCAACAAGCUGGUGCGUCUGAUGACCCACAUCGACACCGACGUGAAGCACUGCGCGGCUGAGUUCCUCUUCGUGCUCUGCAAGGAGAGCGUGUCGCGGUUUGUGAAGUACACGGGCUACGGGAACGCGGCUGGGCUGCUGGCAGCACGAGGCCUCAUGGCUGGCGGCCGGGAGGAGGGCGAGUACUCGGAAGACGAAGACACGGACACCGAGGAGUACAAAGAGGCAAAGCCCAACAUUAACCCUGUGACGGGUCGUGUCGAGGAGAAACUGCCCAACCCCAUGGAAGGGAUGACUGAAGAGCAGAAGGAAUAUGAAGCCAUGAAGUUAGUCAACAUGUUUGACAAGUUGUCCAGAGAGCAAGUCAUCCAGCCCAUGGGCAUCACGCCGAGCGGCACCCUGGCCCCCAUGGAGAACGCCCUCCGCGACAUGGCCGACGAGAGGUCGUCCUCCGACUCGGACCUGGGGCUGGACUGACCGCGAGCGCUGGGGAGCCCCCCGCCCCCCCAGAACUGGGGCUGCACCCGGGGCUGGUGCCAGGCCAGGGCUCUCCUGGGGGCGGCACCCAGCGCGGAGCAGGGACACCUCCUGCCUCUCGGAGCGCCACAGCCAGGACCAGGAACACUCCUGCCUCUGCCAGCCCCCCGGGGACAGAAACACCUCCUGCCUGUCCCAGCCCCGCAGCCACCGCUCCUUCCAGUCUCUCCAUGGCCCGGCUCCCCCGCCGUCUCUCCUGCCAGCAGCCGCGAGAUUUCGUACCCCAAAUUGCUUCCAGGACUUUGCAGCAGGAUUUAUUUUUUAAUACAUGGUAUGUGGGGAGAAGGGUGGGUGGGAGGAUCUUUCCAUCUCACCGUCGGGGAACGGUAACCCGUGAGCAUCUCGUGUGUGCUGACACCAGCGUGGCCGCGUGUGGGGGAGCUGCUCCCCAGGGCGCGGGUGGAAGGUGGGACGGCAGGAGGGGCUGCGCGCGGUUCCCGAGGGCAGUUCUGGGGGAGCAGAGCCCGCGGGAGCCUCGGCACGGAGUCCUUGAGUCAUUUCGAUUGGAAAGACCUCUAAGGUCGUAGAGCCCAACAGCUGUGAGCACAGUGCAUCCGUUUCAUCAGCAGGUGUGCGUGUCUGCGCUGCGUGUCGGUCCAAACACGGUGUGCGGGUGUGAGCACGGGGGUGUCUGUGCACCCCCAGAGUGUGGGUGUGUGCACAGGGGUGUCUGUGCACCCCCAGAGUGUGUCUGUGAGCGCGGGGGUGUCAGUGCACCCCCAGAGUGUGGGUGUGAGCGCGGGGGUGUCUGUGCACCCCCAGAGUGUGGGUGUGAGCACAGGGGUGACUGUGCACCCCCAGAGUGUGGGUGUGAGCGCAGGGGUGACUGUGCACCCCCAGAGUGUGGGUGUGAGCGCAGGGGUGACUGUGCACCCCCAGAGUGUGGGUGUGAGCGCGGGGGUGACUGUGCACCCCCAGAGUGUGGGUGUGAGCACAGGGGUGUCUGUGCACCCCCAGAGUGUGGGUGUGAGCGCAGGGGUGACUGUGCACCCCCAGAGUGUGGGUGUGAGCGCAGGGGUGUCUGUGCACGCCCAGUGCGGCUGUGGGUGCGGGGGUGUCUGUGCACGCCCAGUGCGGGUGUGAGCGCGGGGGUGACUGUGGGUGCAGGGGUGUCUGUGCACGCCCAGUGCGGGUGUGAGCGCGGGGGUGUCUGUGCAGGCCCAGUGCGGGUGUGAGCGCGGGGGUGUCUGUGCACGCCCAGUGCGGGUGUGAGCGCGGGGGUGUCUGUGCACGCCCAGUGCGGGUGUGAGCGCGGGAGCAGGUGUGCGCCGUGCACAGGCCGGCGCAGCGCUGGGCAGCCGCGCGUUCCGUUGGCCGUGGCAGAAGCGCGGCGGUGCCGGCCGGGAGCACCGUGGUCAGUGCCUGCGCUGUGCGGCGUUCCCGCCACCGCAGAGUUCAGUUCUUGGUGUCAGCCGUUCCCAUCCGAAGGAAAAGCCGCCUCCUGCGCGCUGCUGGCCCUGCCCCGGCUUCCCGCGCUGCGCCGCGGCUGGGGCCCCGUCCUGCGCUGCGGCUUACAGCUGUCUUGUCUUUGUUUUUUCUUUUUAAAGAAAAUUGUUUUAAACAAAAUCUACCAGUUUGUCUCAUGUACCAGAGUUCCCCAACUUGCUGUCACAAGUAGGAAUACAAAAGUGAUGCUAGAAUAAAGAAAACCUGACAAACGGG